AACUCUCUCUACUCUUCAAAAUGCCGAAAUUCGUUCCAAGGCAACGGAAACAUAAAGUUCUAGCUAGGGAGGGCAAAGCAGCUCUCCCACAAGAGGAUACAAAUGCCGCCGAAGUCCUGCCGGUUUCAAAGGUGGAGAGGGAAGAAAAGAUGAGACUUCUGAGGGAAGAAUUGAGAGCGCAACAGCCGAAAAUAUCUGGCAAGAAGCAGAAGCGCCUGGAUAAAUAUAUUGAAAACAAAUUAAAAAAGGACGAGAAUCAGGCACUUAUCAAGAAGCUCGCCAAAUCCAAGAUAGAUACCUCUCAGCUUCAGAGCUCACGGAACCUAGGCAAGAAAAAGAAAGAGACCCACAUCCGAAAUGGAGUGCAUGAGGAAGCCGUUAGCGUCGGAGGGCCGAAGUCUACACAAGAAAGUACUGGCGAAACCGAUUCUGAAGAUGAGGCCAUCCUCUGUGCAGGGAAGAAUUCUAGGGACGUCCUGGCUUCAGCCGUCGCUCCAAAUGUACGAAUGGGAAGUGGUUUAAAGCGGCCUUUGGAGAUUGGCCCAGAUGGUUACCCUAUACUCAAGAAGCGGAAGAAACGUGUCCGAAAAUUUGAGCCAGUUGAGGAGGAUGAGCCCGAGUGGGAAGGGUUCGAUUCUGAGGAUUCAGCGUCACAAUCGGCCGCGGUUGUAGACGCAGAGCCAAAUGCAGAUGAAAAGGCGAGCAGUGACUAUGAUGACGAAGAAGUGUCUGGAGAUGAUUCUCCGUCCGAUGAUGAGAGCAGCGAUGAGGACGAUGAAACCUCUGCUGGGUUGGAAAACGAGGGGACAUUGAAGAAAAAGAUUCGUCCGCGACAGUCUGCAUUCAAGGCCUGGGCUGUGCAGCAAAUCAACGACGCCGCUGGUUUCAAGCCAACGCACCACCUCCCUGCCCCCAUUCUGGAAGAAGUGUCGCAAGCAAUUAAGGAGACGAGGCCUACCGUUCAAGUUGAAGAUGAGCCUUUACCGCCAGAACUUCAAAUAAGCCAGGCAAAUCUCGACAGAAAAGCCUUUUCUGUGAACGUUAGCCGCCCCGAUGACAUCCAGGAAGCUCGUCUAAAGCUGCCAGUAGUCGGAGAAGAGCAAAAAAUCAUGGAGGCCAUCCAUAACAAUUCAUGCAUAGUGAUAUGGGGGGCAACAGGAAGUGGAAAAACCACUCAACUUCCACAAUUUCUAUUUGAAGCAGGGUAUGGAAACCCAGAAAGUGACAACCCCGGCAUGAUAGGUGUAACACAACCGAGAAGGGUCGCAGCGGUCAGUAUGGCGAAACGAGUGGGUGAGGAAUUAGGGCAGUUUUCCGAUCGAGUGUCUUAUCAAAUUCGAUUUGACAGCACUGUAUCCACCAAGACUGCAAUCAAGUUCAUGACAGACGGUGUCUUGAUACGAGAAAUAGCGCAAGAUUUCUCGCUGUCCAAAUACUCCAUUAUAGUGAUUGACGAAGCUCACGAGCGAAGUGUGAAUACUGAUCUACUCAUUGGUAUGGUCAGUCGAAUAGUGGACCUGAGGAAAUCCAUGAGUGCAGACAAUCCAUCCGUAAGACCGCUGAAGCUGGUCAUUAUGUCUGCUACCCUCCGAAUAUCAGAUUUCAUCCAAAACCCGAAUCUGUUCAAACAGGGAACACCGCCCUUAGUUCAAGCAGAGGGUCGCCAGUAUCCUGUCACUGUCCACUUUGCACGCCGGACUCAUCGAGAUUACGUUGAAGAGGCAUACCGCAAGAUCUGCAGAGGUCAUAGAAAACUUCCUCCAGGUGGCUUUCUUGUUUUCUUAACCGGCCAGGGCGAGAUCAAGCUGCUCGCAAAGAGACUCAGGCAAGCAUUAAAGUCCACCCAUGCAUCCGAUGGUUUACAGGCAAAGGUUCAAAUAUCCGCCGCAGAAGCAUCUAUAGAAGCUGAAGAUAUUGAGCUUGGUGAAGAACAUUUGAGGCUUGAGGGCGAAGAAGACGAUGCAAGUGAUAUCGAAAUCGAAGGACUCGACGAUAAUGAGGACGAAGAUGAGUUUGAUCAAGAAGAGGGGGCAAUGGAUUCAACGACCAAAGUCCAUAUCCUGCCUCUGUACUCACAACUGCCAACGAAAGAACAGCUCAGAAUAUUCGAACCGGUGCCAGAAGGCUCGAGACUUAUAGUAUUAGCGACAAACGUUGCUGAGACUAGUUUGACUAUCCCUGGAAUCAGAUAUGUCUUUGACUGUGGUCGAUCCAAAGAGAAGCAGUAUGAUACUUCUACAGGCGUACAGAGCUUUCAAAUUGGAUGGAUCAGUAAAGCUAGUGCUAGUCAGCGUGCUGGACGCGCUGGUAGAACUGGGCCUGGUCAUUGCUACAGGCUAUAUUCCUCGGCGCUGUACGAGGAAGCAUUCCAAGAAUAUACCGAGCCGGAAAUCCUUCGGACGCCGAUAGAGGGCGUAGUUCUGCAAAUGAAAUGUAUGGGAUUGCACCAUGUCAUUAAUUUCCCAUUCCCAACACCACCAAAUCGUGCUGCGCUAGCUAAAGCGGAAAGUUUGCUUCGGUACCUCGGCGCGUUGGCAUCGGACGGUCAAAUAACAGACAUUGGUCGCCACUUAACAUUAUAUCCACUGAGCCCAAGGUUUGGCAAGAUGUUGCAUAUCGGUCACCAGCAUGGCUACACCGCUAGAGAGCACCGAAAGAAAGCUUACCACAAAGCUCAUCGCAUUUUUAGCAAGUAUGACGACAAAGCUGAUACUUUGAAGUUCCUUGCUGCGGUUUGCGCAUACGCAUACGCCCCUGAUGGAGAGUCAUUCUGCUCACAGAUGUUCCUCCGUUCGAAUGCAAUGAAAGAAGCCGCUCAGCUCCGUCGCCAAUUAUCGGAGUUGGUCCGCGUGAAUAAACCUGGUUUGCUUGGUUCCUUCGAAUCUCGCCUGCCCGAGCCAUCAGACAAGAAAAUCCGAGCGUUAAAGCAAAUAACUGCAGCGGGUUUCAUUGAUCAAAUAGCAAUUCGUGCAGAUACAGCACCCGUACCUCCAGUAAUGGAACGGAAGCCAAAACGAGCCAUUGAUGUUCCCUACUUUACCCUCUUCGCAUCCCGAGAGGGACGGGCAAAGGAGUUAGAAGAGAAAGCUGUAUAUCUUCAUCCUUCAUCCAAUUUGGCCAAACUAUCACCCAACGAACUUCCUCAAUAUCUGGUGUACUCACACCUACAGCAAUCAACGCCGACGUACAUUGGUGACGUUCCCAAAGUACGCAUGUUCCCCUUGACCCCUGUCAGUGGUUUGCAAUUGUCGGCGUUAGCACAGGGUACGCCGCUAAUCCAAUAUGGAAAACCUAUUGGAAAGACGGAUUCUCUGGGAGGUGCACCCGAGAGAAGGGAAUGCUGGGUCAUCCCUUCAAUGGUUGGAGAGCCCGGGAGCGUAGGAUGGCCUCUACCCGCAAAAAAGGUAAUUCAAAAGAAGGAUAGAAAAGAAGGAUGGGUGAUCGAACGAUUUGUUUAGCGAUAGAAUUAAGCUUAUAUGUCGGUUGUAUUUUUUGG